AUGUUGCUUGGUGACGAUGACGACGACAAAGUAAUGAUGAUGUCAGCGGCAACAGACAACAGUGGUGUUGAUGAUUAAGCCAAUUCAAUGACCUUCUUCAGCAGGUGAAACGAAUUGAAACUUUGACUAGAAAUAUGUGUAUCGCAGAACGUCGGGAAGCUUCUGGCAACGUCGUUCUCAGAGUCCUCUUGGUAGAUGAGUAGGAGAGGGCCCUGGGAACGUGGUUGGUUUUGGGGUUGGAUGAUUGCCUGUACAAAGAUUGGAAUGGGGGGUGGGUAGAAAUAAAGCAAAUUUACUAGCUGAAGACCAAAAUAACUCAACAGCAAAGUCAAAAGGGAUUUGGGUUUUCCCGAUAGUUUGGAUGGUCUUGACGGUCCCCUUCUCGGAGGAUUUACCAAAGGCCAGUAGGGAUAAAACUGAAAAUAAUAACUUACAAAUGAAGCACAUGAUGGACUCAUUUGAAGCACAAAAGAAAAAAAAAUGCCAAAAAAGUAAAUAAAUGAGGAAAAAUGGAACAAAAACGAACUUGAAAUAAGAAAUAGAUGAAAGCAACGAAAGAUAAAAAGAAAACUAGUAAAAUUAAAUAAUACAAAAUAAAUGUCAUAUUAUAAUGAAACUGAAAAUAAGGUCAAAUAAAUAGUAUAAUAAAUUAUUGAUAAUAAUAAUGAUCACGAUAAUGAUAAUAAUAAUAAUAGAAAAGGAAUUAACAGCGACGAAAACUACUUGAUUGGUUUUUGAAACCGUAACUGCAAGGACAGUAAUUAAAGCAGUCACGUUGCAGAAAUCCAGCUAGAAUUAUUUUUGAUUUGUAAAAUUCAGUCACUUUAAACGUUUUUCCUUUUCUAUUAUUAUCAUUGUACUUAUUAGUAACAUAGUUAUCGGUCAUACUUAAUUUAUAAAUAUUUUUCCAAGUUUCUUUUUGUUUCGUUCUUUCUAUUUAUUUGCCUUUUUUGUGCGUAAGUUAUUGUUUUCAGGUUUUAUCCCUACUGACCAAUGUUAUUUUCCGCUAGUUUAAAUUUAUAUGUGACAUUUCCAACUGUGUCGCUUGCACGCUAUAUAAGGACGGUCUGACCAUCCGAAAUAUCUAGAAACACCUUGUCGCUUUUGUCUUUGCUGUUUUGUUUUUGUUUUGUUAUUGUGUGUUAAACGAAUUGACCCCAAGAAGGAGUGAGAAAAAACCUAAGCUUUGAUGAUAAGUUCAGUCAAACAUUUUGUCCUGAGAUCUUGAGAGAUUUAGGAGCAGUGAACGUUAACAAGCUGGGUAGCCAUGAUGAGGCACCGUGAUGUGAAAAGGUCUGACGCCUGUUGCGUGGAUGAUGAUGACGACGACGAUGAUGAUAGCAAUGUUGACGACGAUGAUGCUGACGACAACGAUGACGAUGAUGCUGACGACGAUAAUAAUGAUGAUGAUAGUGACGGAAAGUCAAAGCUCAGUUUAUAG